AUGUCAGAACAACGCGACGAGCAAACCCCGCUCUUGAGUUCGUCCUCGAGCAUUCGUUCAGCACAAAAUAUCUCAGCCUCUAGCUCUAGCGCCGAAGCCGAUUCUUCAGAUGCAGAGUCAAAUAUUGCUGUUGUACUUGGCGAACCCGAUGCCGAAAAUGCAGCAGCCAGCAUUGCAGCCAACCAGCAGGCCAAGCCGGCGCUCAACACAACGUCGCUUGUCCAAGUCAUCGCGGUGUUGGCGAUUGGACUCUUCACCUCCAACCUUGACGGUUCAAUAGUGUUGGCCACCCAUCCUCGGAUAGCCUCAGAGUUUCAUGCACUGGACCAGUCUAGCUGGAUUUUCAUCAGCUACUUGUUGUCUGGAGUUGCUACUCAGACACUCUAUGCAAAGCUGAGCGACAUCUAUGGCCGCAAAUGGCUUCUUGUAUUUUGCUAUGCGCUCUUUGCUGCAGGCUUAGGAUUGGCUAAAUCCAUGUGGCAAGUAAUUCUUGGUCGUGCCAUCUCUGGCUCUGGUGGUUCCGGCAUGGCUAGCAUAGGCCUGGUUUUGAUUACAGAUCUUAUCCCCCUCCGAGAGGUGGCCACCUGGCACGGAUAUAUGAACAUUAUUAGCACGACCGGUAGAAGCCUGGGUGGUCCCGUUGGAGGGUUUCUCACAGAUCAGGUUGGGUGGCGAUGGUCAUUCCUCGGCCAGGCUCCCAUGUUCAUCAUAGCAAUCGUCUCUUGUAUUAUAGCCAUACCCAACACCCGACGGACAUCAACACUAGAGGGACAGAGAGGCCACAGGCAGGCUAGCUUGUUCAUACGCGUCGAUCUUGCCGGCACUCUCUUGCUUGGCCUCUCAAUCCUGGUGCUGAUGCUGCCACUUGAGCUGGGAGGAGUCAAGAUCCCAUGGCAGCACCCCUUCAUAUUUGUUCUAUUGGGGAUAGGUGUGCUCCUUUUAGGAGUUUUCGUUGCAAAUGAGGCUUGGCUAGCACCCAACCCUGUCUUCCCCAUCCGGAUGCUGAGGAACAGAGAGAUACUCGCGUGCUACCUCGUCAUUGGCCUGCUAGCUGCAGCUCAAACUUCUCUCGUUUUUGCCGUACCGUUGUACUUUCAAGUCACCCAGAAGGUCUCCAACACUGUUGCUGGUGCUCACUUGUUCCCAGCUGUCUUUGGUAAUGCCAUCGGAGGCCUACUGACCGGUCGUAUCAUUAAACGCACUGGGCGCUACAAGAUGCCCAUGAUUCUGGCUUCGGCUGCUGGGACGAUAUCUUACACGUUGCUCAUCUUACGGUGGCUGGGUGACACCAAUUGGUGGGAAUCCCUUUACAUCAUCCUUGGUGGUCUGGGCGCUGGUAUGGGAAACACGGCAGUUUUUGUAGCUAUCAACGCAAUCGUGGAUCCGUCGCAUAAGGCCGUCGUAGUCUCGGGUCUAUUCCUGUCCGUGUCGGUAGGAAUGAUCACUGGCGUUGCCGCCACGAGCGCGUUGAUGCUGGAGGUAAUGCAAAAGCACCUCGACAAGAACCUUGUCAACUUGGGUCUUGAAGUCGCAGAAAGACUUGAUAUCAUAUCAAAGGCCGCCGGAAAUGUUGAAUACAUCUACAAAUUACGUGGACAAGUCGCAGCCGCAGUGACAAGUGCCUAUGUUGAUGGACUGCGAUGGGGCUACAGUGUGUCUCUGGGCUGUUCUAUCCUUGCACUCUGUGCCGCCUUGACUUUGAGAAACAAGCGCUUGUCCUAA